CUUUUCAUCAACAUGUCGAGACUCAUGGCUCGUUCUCGCUCGCGUCUCCGGCUGUCUCAGCGCUGGCCUGGCGCGUCGGUCGUCGUGACUAGAAUCGUCAUCCUCGCCCUCGUGUCAGUAUCCGUCGAUGCAGCCGAUUCCGCCGUCGCCGCGAUUCCCGCUGUGCUGGAGGUGGGUCGGGAGCUCCAGAACGUGAGCAUGGCGUUCGCCGGCCGUUACGGUGCCGGCCGUCAUGACGCUGGCGACUCUACCACCGGGAAGAGCGCGGAGGAGGAGGGCGAGGACGUGAAGGAGGGGCGUUUUUUCGGCCUCCAUGGGUUGAAGCCCAGCAUGGGAUACGAGAUCAAGAUUUCCUUUCCUGCUAGUCUGCCAGCUCGCUUCCACCUCGCCGUGGUAGCAGUGGACCCAGCAGCUGCCGCAGACAGCACCCCAGGAGGAGCAGCCGGUGCGUGGGGUGACCUGGCGAGCGGGCUAGCAGCCAAGUCGCGCAAGAUGCUGGACACGGAGAAGGUCAUCUUCAGGACGGACAAGCACUCCAAUGUGCUCCUGCAAGGUCGGCCGCUCCUGCCUUCUGCAGCAGUGCAUGUAUGGGCUGAGCCCACAGCAGUGGUCCCAGGGGGUUCCAUGGGUGGUGAUGGAGGGGCAGAGAACGUCCUUUUUAACAUCGUUUGUGAGGAACUUCGCCUGGGCAUUCCAAUCAGUGCCUUUCGACUUGCUGCGUUUGGCAUCAUUCUUCUCUCUCUUGUGCUGUUUGUGGCACAUCAAGCUCCCUUGGUUUCCCUGGUUUCGCUUGCAGAUUCUCUCCCCAAUGGUGCCAUUGGUCCAAACCGUAGGUUCAAAGAGAGAAUUUCUUGAAGGAUGUUUCUCCAUUGUAAGCACUAAUAGUCUGGUAAAAAACUUUGGAUUUUGCG